AUGGUAUGGAUUUCUCAAAUUUGAUAAACAAAACCUGUAUACUAAACAUACAGUGGAGUUAUCAUAGAAAGAAUAUCUACGAGCUUGUAGCUACGAAUUCGGAAUGGGAAAAUGUCGACACUAGUAAGCAUACGUUUCCUUCAGAAAUUUGGGAAAUACGACCUACAUGGGAAGUGAUUAUAAAAAUUAUCAGUGUUUUACCAAUUAUCACUAUUGGAUCCUUAGCUAAUGGUGGAUUAAUCUAUGUGAUACUGAAAGAAAAAUCAUUACACACUACGACAAAUCUUUUGAUUGUAAAUAUGUGUAUCGCAGAUUUUGGUACAUGUUUGGUAUGUCCGUGGAUGUUUCUUUGCGUUGAUCUGUUUCAAAACUACAUUUUGGGCGAGAUUGGCUGUCGAAUGGAUGGAGCAUUAGUGCAUGCUUUGACAUUAGUUGCGGUUUUUAACUUGAGUGCAAUCAGUUACGAUCGUGUUUCAGCUAUUGUCCUUAAUUGCUCAGGAAAAUUAUCGAGAAGGAUAAUGCACAUUUUACUUUUCUCUACUUGGAUUUGUGCAAUAUCUGUCGCUAUUCCUUUAAUUUAUUUUCGACAUUAUUACGAAAGACAAUGGAAAAAUUAUUUAGAGGCAUAUUGUACUGAAGACACUGUGCUUAUCUAUCCUUAUUGGCACAUUUUCGCCGGUUUAAGCGUUUGGGCACCAUUGGGUAUUAUGGCAAUAUGUUAUUCAGCUAUUCUCAUAAAAUUAGAUCGUUACGAAGCACAAGCUUUGAGAAGUAAAUAUCCUAUUGUGGUAAAAUAUAAAGGAAGAGUAGCACAAGUAUUGGCAUUAAUAGUUUUAGCAUUCAUCAUAUGCCGUGUACCAUUUACCGCGUUAAUAAUUCGAAGGGCACAGUUAUUAAAAGAACUGUCUAAAACAGGACAAGCAGACACUUUGUAUCCAUUAUGGUAUAUUAGCAGAUAUUUAAUACUGCUUAAUGCUGGAAUAAAUCCUUUAUUGUAUGGUUGUAGUAGUAGUUCAUUGAGAAAAGAAUUAGCAUUGUGCCCUGUUACAUCUUGGUUAAUCCUAAAGAAGAAAGAUCGAAAAUCAAAAUCGUGUAAUGUUUCACAAUUGAAGAUAAAAAAUUUCCAUAAUUUAAAGCCACGAUCUCCUUGUUCGCGAACAAAUUAUAAUGACAGGGAUACUAUACCGAAUAUUUCAUCAACUACCAUAUGAAUAAAUUUAGAGUUCAAUCUGCUAAUACCUUUCAAUCUAUUAUGUCUAUGCUUAUAUUUAAUCAUAUCUUUUAUAUUUUAUUGAAAAAUAUAACAAAGAUAGGAUGAGCAGCAUCUAAUAUAUUAAAUUCUUUGCAUGGAUGCACUUCUCAUCUAUUUUUACGUUGUAUUCUUACAUCUCAAAAAUAUAAAACAGUAAGUAUAUGCAAAUAAUUAAAUGAAGUAGAAACG